GGCUGUCCGGGCCAGCGAGGGGAGGCGGCGGCGCACGGGAGGAGGCGAGUGGGGCGCGUUGGUGUGAAAUGAGCAACUCUGAAGAUGAGGACCUCCCCCAGCUCUCUUCCCAUGCCCUGGCAGCUCUGCAGGAAUUUUAUGCUGAGCAGAAACAGUACACCGACCUCGGUGGCGAUGACAAGUAUAACGUUGGAAUAAUAGAAGAGAACUGGCAGCUGAGCCAGUUUUGGUACACUCCGGAGACCGCCCUGCGCCUUGCAGAGGAAGCCGUGGCAGCUGCUGGGGAAGGUGGCAGAGUAGCAUGUGUGAGUGCCCCCAGCGUUUACCAGAAGCUGCGAGAGCUGCACAGAGACGACUUUUCUAUCUGCAUCUUCGAAUAUGACCAGAGGUUUGCCAUAUACGGAGAGGAGUUUAUCUUCUAUGAUUACAAUAACCCAGUGGAUUUACCUGAGAAAAUCGCUGCACACAGUUUUGACAUUGUAAUAGCAGAUCCCCCCUAUCUCUCUGAGGAAUGUCUCAGAAAAACAUCGGAAACCAUCAAGUACCUGACCCGGGGCAAGAUUCUGCUGUGCACAGGUCUCCCUACUUUCUGGUCAGAUGCCAAGACCCAAGUGUCGGCACCCAGGACGAUCCUGUGGCUGCUGGCUGGACCCUGCCCUCGCCUCCCUGAAACCAGGAGGUCACUGAUGGAACCCAGGACUCCUCCGUAACGUCCCCUUGUAAUGGGGACACUUGCCCCACCUCAUGGGAUCGCCAAAACCCCAAACUCUCAUUUCUGUUCAUCUACCCUCUUACUUUUGGAGCGGGGUCCUUGUGACCCUGAAGUCUCAGAGUCACAGCCGUGACCUGACCUCUCAAGGGACACACAUCCAUACAUCCACCAAGCACCACGCCCGGGAAGGCCCCCCGAGUGCUGGCCCGAGGGGAGCCUAGGGAGGAAACGAGCCAAGCAAGAUAUGCCCAAGCGUGCCCACCCCUGGGACCUGGGGCUCCGCCGGGAGGGCGUGGCCAGGCUUCCAGAAGCUUCUUGUCCCUCACACGCAACUUCUGUGGACUAAUGUCCCUCGGCCCUCACCGUGCAGGACUGGAGGGUACCAGCCAAGCUAAGAAGUUUCCAGAUGAGAAGGACCUUCUGACAACCAGUUAACUAAAGUGCAGAGGCGGGAAGUCACGCGAUGGGUGAACUGGGCAAACUGGGCCGGGAGGCAGAACCUUGCCAGCUGUCAAGCGUGGGGGACUGGAGGCCGCGUCAACCGGGCCAACUGCCCGUGGCCUGUGGACAGCCUCAGGAACGGUAUCUUCACGCUUGACAUCAACUGCCUGCCACUUACACAGCAGGAAAGAACUAAGGCGGGGUCAGGCCUGGGCCUGAGGGAGGGAGGGAGGAGGCUGGUGGGGAGGGAAGGGGUGGGCCUCAGGAUGCUACAAGAUGGAGGGUGGUGCUUAAACUCAGGGACCACACCACCCUGCCCCUGAGCAUCCCAGAGCCCAGAGGGACAUUUCUGAGUCCUUGGCCACCAUGUGGAUGUGGGGAUGAGGUCAGGGGAGAAGUCGGGGUGACCAGGAGGAUAGCAAUGGGGGGGCGGGGAGGCCUGGCUCUGACUCCCUUCUCACUGCUGUGCAAGGAGGGGCCCUGGAAAUCUGUGCGCCAGGAGGAGGGCAGCGGGGCCAGCCUGCGAAGGCACCUGCCUGCCCCCGGGACACGGAGACCCACAGCAACCCCAUCCGGCCCGCAUUACCACAAGGAGUUGAAAAUACCUUUUCUAAGCGUAUCAUCACUUUUCCCUCAGUGCUGCCUUUGGAAGAACUUUACUUUUCCAGCUUUUCCACCCCCAUAAUGCCUCAUUCCCAUCCCCUCCAGGGGCACAGGCCCCCCCACAUCCCCUGUUGGGCAGGGGCGGUCACGUCAGGAAAAAUCCCAGCUCCUCGGCUUUGCCUUCAGAGGCCUCCACGACCUGCCCCUCACCCACAUACCUUCCCAGCCAUCCGAGUGCCCGACACCCGCCCCCAGAGUGGGACGCCUGGCAGGGGCCACGGCUAACCUUUGGCUCAGAGGGAAGGGUACGGACUGUAUCUGGACUCACUCAUGCUCUAACGAGCCCGCCACAGCGCCCGCAUAGAGGAAGAGUUCAGCAGAUGUAAGAGGGUGGUGGUGAGUCUGGACUCCUCAGCUUCCUGUCCUCCAGACCCUUAGGUCAAGAUCAGACCCUGACUUACAUUAAUGUCUGCAAUCACAUUCAACAUCUAUUCAACAAACACCUAAGUGCCAGUGGUGUUCCAGGCAGUAGGAAUAUAGAUGAAAUACUAUAAUUAACCUACCAUCCAAGGACUCACCCUCUCAGGGUGAUAAACAUACAAAGAAACAAAGAGUUAAACCCGGCCAUCACAGCAGAGGCGGCUUCCUGGUAAAGUGGAACCUGGGUGGAUUCAUCCAGAUGAAGAAGGAGAAAGGUCAUUUAGGGCAGAGGUCAAAGCCUAGAUGUGAGGGACCACGUCAGUUAUAGGAGCCGCAGCACAGAAGAACCAAGAGCUGGGGCUGGAGCCAUCUGGGGGGGCCUCCAGUUCCUAACAGGAAUUUGGAUCUGACCCUGAAGGCCAGAGGAAGGAUGUUAAAGAGAGAAGUGACCCCAUCAGACGGAAUUUUAGAUCCCUCAGACUACAGAGUGGAAGAAACCGGUCUGGAGCCCAAGAGAGAUCUUGGCUGGAGACGGAGAUUUUUAAAUUAUUAGCAUAUGAAUAGUAGUUAAGGUAAGAUCAUUCACAUAAGUGUAUAGAGAGAUGCCAAAUAAAAGAAACUCAACAGAGGUUUCAUUCCAAGAGGGAAAAAAGAGGCAGGGGAACCUAAAUAUUAAAAGAGCCUUGAGAAAUCAUCAACAAAAUGAAAAGGCAACCCACUGAAUGGCAGAAAGUAUUUGCAAAGCAUAUAUCUGAUAAGGGGUUAAUAUCCAAAAUACAAAGAACU